UAGCCGUUGCACUUGCGGCUGCGCUCCUUCCCCCGCAACCUUAAAAGGGUCCCUUAGUUCUCACUUCGGUACUGAACGCCACUCCCCCUCCACAGCCAGGAACGUAGAGAAAUGGCAAGAAGAGUUGAAGCAUCUCCCUCUCUCCUACUCUUCUCUCUUUUACUGCUCCUGCUUGCAGGGGAAACAGUACAGUUGGUGCAAGGACAGAAAACUUGGUGUGUUGCAAAGCCUUCAUCCGAUGAUGCCACUCUGCUAGCAAACAUCAACUAUGCGUGCUCUCAGGUGGACUGCAGUAUAAUACAAAGAGGCUGCCCAUGCUUCUUCCCAGAUAACCUCAUAUCCCAUGCUUCCAUAGCCAUGAACCUGUACUACCAAUGCAGGGGCAGGAACAACUGGAAUUGUCACUUUAAGAAUUCAGGGCUUGUCACAACAACUGAUCCAAGUUUCGGUAGCUGUACUUAUGCCUAAUGCAAAACCAAGAUGACAGCAGCACCAUUCAACCCACUAGCGGUGUCAUUCAUUUGUAUCAAUUGUCUCUAAUGAUCCAGAAAGGAGUUGUUGUUAUCUUGCUAGUGGAGAAAAACAUAUAUGAUCGAAUCAAUGAAUAUUGCACAUUAGGACAA